AAAAUGCAGGGCUGAAGCCAACUGAACGCAGGGUGUUAAUACAAAGUGGUUUUACUUCAAACACGAUCCGGAAAAUGGCUCUUUUGUUUCACUGGUGGAUUAAAAUGUCAUGAGUUAAACUGUUAAUAUAGUUGUGAGGCUGUUGCAGGUCUUGCAACAUUUCCGGGAGGGAGUUCAACUAUUUGUUUGUUCUGUUGUCUGACCUUGCACCGGUUUAAGGUGAAAGUCAUCUGGCAAUUAUUUCCAGAAAGAAAGAAUCUAAGGGAUGUUCUGUGAGGGAACAUGUUUGGGCAUGUGUCGGCUCUGCCCGGCCUCCAUCCAUAUCCUAUCACUUCAUUUAGAAAAAACGAGAAUGCUUUAAAAGGCCGACAAAUAAAAACAGAGGGAUAGAAAGAGGGUUAGAGGGGAAUGUAUCUGAGAGAGGCCGGGGAGGGAAUCAUUUCCCGUAGUUAUCUCCUCAUAAAGGCAGUGUCAUCCUCCCCUUCCUGUACUCUCUGGAGUCCCAAACACAGUCCAGGUAACACAAACACCGUUGAUCUCUGUACUCGCAGGCACCGGGACAUCGCUCUGCUUCGUCCAGGCCUCAAACCCCGUGAAGGAUGACUGAGGGAGACGUCACUGUGCUGUCCUUCAGAUCCACGUCUCUGGAUCGGUCCCGGCAGGAGCCCCGGACCCUGACCAGGCUCUACUGCCAGAACGGAGGCUAUCACCUGAGGAUUUUACCUGACGGCACCGUGAGUGGUGGGAGGCAGGAAAAUGAGACCUAUGACAUCCUCAGGCUGAAGGCUGUGAGUGUGGGAGUGGUGGUCAUCAAGGGGGAGGUGACAGAAAGGUACCUGGCUAUGAACCAAAAUGGACACCUCUAUGGAUCUCAAGCAGUGAACGACGAAUGUUACUUCCUGGAGAAGUAUGAAGAAAACCACUACAACACGUAUUGCUCUCAGAAGUACAACUGGUAUGUCGCGCUGAAGAGAAACGGCCGACCCAAAGCGGGACCGGACACACACCAAGGUCAGAAGGCCAUCUUCUUCCUGCCAAGGGCUGCAGCAAACAUGUAAAGCACGACGUCACAGGAAACAAGGACACGCUCAACAUGCACAUUUAUAGUGAAAUGUUAUUUGAGGCUGGGGAAGCCUGAGGAAAACACAUAAUACUGUUUCUACAGUUUGUUUCCAUACAAACAACCUAUAAAUUAGUGUUCUCCACUCAUUUAUGCAGGAAACAUAUGAUCUGACUAUUCUGCUUCAUGUAAAGAGUUUAUACAUGGUUAUAUAUGCAUCAUUUUUUCUUCCUCUGAGCACAUACACACUCACUCACAGCAGACAGAACAUGUUUGUGAUAUCAGUGCAUGUCAGUCCUAAUAGAUGAGUGUUUACUUUGAACCCUGGUAUGAAAUACCACUGCUGGGAGACAGCUAUGCACCACUUCUACUAAGUUCCACAGUUGGUUGGGUCUGGUGUAGAGGAAACUUUAAAACAGAAAAUAAAUAGAUAUCCACAAUCUGGCUUUAAACUCAAGUAAACAAAGCAUAUGGAAUAGUAAUAGAAUCGUUCCAGUAGGCCUAUUUCAGUUUGGCCUUGUAAUUUGCUCGAGCCUGUUUCUGUAACCACUUCUGUUCUAUGUGGAACGUCUGCAUCUCCAAGAGCUCAAUUUAUGAAAUCAGACAAAAAAAGAUUCUUCACUCAAUAUAAGAAACUUCAACAGGACUUAAAUUUAUAUUAUCAGUGUCCACUCAAAGGGUUCAAGCUGUUACCGUCCUGAAAGCAUCACCACACUCAUUUAUAACAUCAUUAGCCAUGACGACAUUAUAUUAUUAUAUUGUUCCUAUGUGCCAGAAACCAUCUUUGAGAAAAAUGUAUAUCAGUUUCAAGAAUGUCAAUUUCUUAAAUAUAAUAAAUAUGUAAUAAUGUACUUUGGACUUUAGUCCCAUCCUUUAAUAUGGAGAAGCAGGUUUAUGACCUAUAUACUGCAUCAGGUGGAAAUUGAGAUGCUUUGUGUCCAUCUUUACAGUCUAUGGAGGAAACACAUGUUGCUGUGACAUUAUACUGGAUUGAAUUACUAUUGUGAAUAUUUAUAUAUAACAUGUUGCUGC